UUUGACUUGACGACUGAUGAUACGAGUCGAGUUUUUGUCGAUGACUGGAAUUCAGUUGUUGAUCUCCUAAGUUAUAUUUUAUAAUUAGAAUUUUGUAGUUUCUGAAACCAAUAAGUUUGCCAACAAUAAAAUCAGUUCCUUAUACUUUUAUUGUUUGAUGCAAAUAGGCAAAAGCUAUAAGUGAUUCCGAAAACAGUACUGGUGCCUACGUACUUCCUACAAUGAUUAAUCUUUUGGGGCAAGGUUCUUCAGUGUUUUAUGUAAAUUAGUAGGGUACUGUGACGUAUCAACCACCGUAUGUUGUCAUCACGUGCCAGUGUAAACGCGAAGGCUCGCAGUGAAGGUUUGCUGGGUCGUAGUUCGCAUACAUAAGUCGUUGGCGUUUCGACGUAAAUAAUAAUCGAGUUCCUUUACGCUUGCGUCUAAUGGCCUUUUAUAUUAGUGAAACUUGGUGAUAAUUUGUGAAGAAAUGGCUCCUAAGCCUCCGCCGCCGCCAGGGCCGCCUCCACCACCUGGACCACCACCUCCUUCAUUUGGAGGUGGUUCUAAAGGGGGUUCUGCUGAUAAUAGAGGUGCCUUGCUAAGUUCCAUUAGACAGGGUACAAAGUUGAAAAAAACUGUAACAGUGGACAAAAGUGGACCUUAUAUACAAGGAAAAGCUUCCAGUGUAUCUAGCAGUGGGCCUGCAGUGGGAAAUGGUGUCCGUAGUACAGCCAUACAGAAUGGUGGAGGAUCGGCCCCACCAGGGCUGGGAGGUCUCUUUGCUGGUGGUAUGCCUAAGUUAAGGCCUACAGGAAAGUUGGCUGGAACUACACCGAAUGGCCAAGUGAAGACUGACGCUCCCCGAUACCCACCACCACAACAGUCCCAUCAACCACCGAAGUUUUCUCCCGAGAAAACAAGAACACAAUUUCCGCCUGCGACUGGCAAUGUCAGUUCUUUAUCAGCGGCCUUAUCAGGAGCUUUAGCAGGACUGAAUUCGAGGGAAUCUCCUCGAGAGCCGCCACGGGAACCCCCACCUCGGGAGCCUCCAUCACGAGACUUCCCGCCACGGGAGCCCCCGCCUGCGAGACCUGUUGUCAGGCGGCAACCUAGUGAUAAUAGAGCGAGAGGCCCUCCUCCGCAGCCUCCUGUACAGAAGUCACCAAUGCCUGCGAGUCCUUCGGAGCCGGCUCUACCGACGGGCUCCAUAUCAGAUCGUAUCAACAUCUUACAACAGCAGUCCGAGCAGACGCUGCCCACUCAUGUCGCCAGCACGCUGCGCAGGAAUCGAAGCUCAUUACACUCCUCCGGUCAAGGAACGCUGGGCGGUAGUAUGACGUCCCUAUCAUCAGCUCCCCCGACCCCGACGCCGGCGCCCGCGCUCUCCGCCUCGGACCUGUCUGAGAGGCCCCGAGUGAGUCACGGGAAGCCGAACCUAGCACCGAAGCCGCCCGCGAUGGCGCCCUCGCCCACUAUCGAAAACAAGCCUUCCCCGCCGCCCAAGAAACUCCUCAUCAAUGGCAAAGUUGCAUCACGGACGCAGAGCAUGAGAGCGCCCAGGGGUGAAAUGUGAGACAGCGCCGUCGCAAGUGUAGUGAGUGUGUCGGUCCCCGCCGGUGGCGGUGUCGCCGGCGCGCGCGUCGCCGGGCCGCGCGCUGCCCCUCACCUGCCGCCCACGCCCGCGCACCUGCCCAUAGGGACCAAGCAUCCCGCUUCACACUUCGGUACGCUGCGGGCGCCGCGCGGGCUGCGUCCGCCGGGCGUGUGCCCCCCGCCGCCGCCCGCCGCCCCCGCGCCGCCGCCGCCGCCCCCCGCACGCAACCACUCCCUCACCGCGCCCCCGCCGCCCCCGCACCACCGCCAACACAGCUCGCACAGCGCACAGAGUAGCGUGAGCGGCGAGGAGUGGUGCGCGCCGCCGCCGCCGGUGCGCGGGUCGUCCAUCCGCGCGGAUCUGGAAGCGCGGUUCGCGGAGUUGUUCCAGUCGCCGGCGCGGUUCCCGCCGCCCGACCCGUUCCUGCGGAUCACCAAGGGCUACAGCAGCGCCACCGUCGCCGUGAGCAAGGCGCAAGCGCCGCCGCCCCCGCUGAAGGUCCCGCUGGAGGGAUGGACCGGCACCUCGAGCGCCUGCUAGCGCGCGCGGGGGGCGCCGCCCCCCG